GUGUUCAAAACUGGAGACGGUCUCUUUCAGCGUGUGGUUUUUGGACACACUGACCUCUUUGAGUGUUUCUCGCUGCACAGCCGGCUCUGUUGGAAACCCAGGCUCACUUAUAACAGCCCUUCCGAAAAGAAAAGCUCGGGGAGAGUGAUGUUUGGCGCAGAAUGGAGGUCCAAACAUUGACGGAGAUACCCACACGGAUCUUUUAGCAGUAGCAUCUCGCCAGCGAAUAAGGAUCUUUGGCUAAACUUUACAUGAGGACCAACUGAGGAGAAUCGACCGCAGAGAUACUUUGCUGCUUGUGAAUGUAUUUUCUCAGUAAGUGUUUCUCCUCGGAUUGCUUUGGGAGACUGUUCAUAGCCUGACUGCAAACUCGCAGCGUUUCGUUUCGGAAUUGAAGCGCUUCUGGGGUAUAACAAACUCGAGAAAUUGGGAUACUCGUAACACAGUGACUUGCUUUGGAAUUUAGCAUCAUUAGCCAUCACUUAUAAGAGGCUCCCUGACUCAGCCGCUUGCAUAAGCUGCUCUUGCAGGAUGAUCUUCAGAAGCAGGCCGCUCUGCUCAGGCUGUGUCGGAGCGAUGGACGCACGGCAUGGAGUGAUGGCCAUCACCUUCCUGGCCUUCUUUAUGCAGGUGGUGGUGGAGGCUACCUCAUGGUGGUCUCUGGCUAUGAAUCCGCUGUUGAUUCCUGAAGCUUACAUCAUAGGAGCUCAGCCUCUGUGCAGUCAGUUGGUAGGAUUGUCUAAAGGCCAGAAGAAGCUAUGCCAGCUGUACCAGGACCACAUGCAGUACAUAGGCGAGGGAGCCAAGACGGGCAUUCGCGAGUGUCAAUACCAGUUCCGUCAUCGCCGCUGGAACUGCAGCACUGUGGACAAUUCCUCCGUGUUUGGUCGUGUCAUGCAAAUCGGAAGCCGUGAAGCUGCAUUUACGUACGCCAUUAGCGCGGCAGGCGUGGUGAAUGCAGUGAGCCGAGCCUGCAGGGAGGGGGAGCUAUCGAGUUGUGGCUGCAGCAGAGCAGCCAGGCCUAAAGAUCUGCCCCGGGACUGGCUCUGGGGAGGUUGUGGAGACAACCUCAACUAUGGUUACCGCUUCAGCAAGGAGUUUGUGGAUGCCCGCGAACGAGAAAAGACCUAUGAAAAAGGCUCAAUGGAGAGUGCACGACUAUUGAUGAACCUCCAUAACAAUGAAGCAGGACGGAGGAUGGUGUCAGACUUGGCCCACGUCUCCUGCAAGUGCCAUGGGGUGUCAGGCUCCUGCAGUCUCAAAACGUGCUGGCUGCAGCUGGCUGACUUCCGAAAGGUGGGCGACGCGCUAAAAGAGAAGUACGACAGUGCCACUGCCAUGAAACUAAACAGCCGUGGCAAGCUGGUGCAGGUGCACUCCAAAUUCAAUCCACCCACUAGCCACGACCUGGUUUACAUUGACCCCAGCCCAGACUACUGCGUUUUCAACCGGACCACGGGCUCACUGGGCACGCAGGGCCGCCUCUGCAACAAAACGUCGGAGGGCAUGGAUGGCUGCGCUCUUAUGUGCUGUGGCCGUGGCUAUGACCAGUUCAAGGCCACGCUGGUAGAGCGCUGUCAUUGCAAGUUCCACUGGUGUUGCUACGUCAAGUGCAAGCGCUGCUCCCGGGUCGUCGACCAGUUCGUGUGCAAGUAGCCCCAGCCCCUUUUACGAAUGCGAGUGAACGAGAGUGUGAAAGAAGAUAGGAGAAAUGUUGGGGAGGAUGUGGAAUGGAAAGAAAAAAAAGAAACUAUAUAAAUUAUAUUUAUAGAGUCAAACAAUUAUACCAUGAUGGAAAAGACUGAAAGUUCCUCUUUGUGUGUUUUUUGGUUUUGUUUUUGCUUUUCUUUUCUCAAAGCAAUAGGUACAAGAAGUUUAAAGAAACUGAAUAUUUAUUUUGUGAGAUUUUUCUUCUCUCUUCUAGCUUUUUAAAGUGGAACACUUUAAUUUUAUUGCAGUUAGUGCAAACUGAUAACUCAGAUAAAAGCAAAGCCUUUCGAUAAUCCGCAAAGGGUAAAUCAGUUCAUUUGGCCUGAUAAGUAGUGCACUGGCAUUUUACUCGACCACACUGAAUGGCUUGAGUAAUUCGGUGCUUAAAUGUUUUGUUUCAGUCUCAACCACUGCCUGCUGCUCAGAGCCUGUAUUUUGUAGAUUACAGUGGAUAUAUCAUGGUUGUUUGAGAUUCAUGGAUAAGCUCAUCAAUGUGCCUUAAACCAAAGCACACUUAAGGUUCACAAGCUACACUCCAGUACUUAACGGUCUAGCUUGAACUAAUGCAAAGAACUUCCUUUUUUCAGCUCCAUGCAUCUCUACCAUCACAUUGCCCUGAACUAUUAAACAAGUUUUGUAUUUCACAAAAUUCUUCACUUGUCUGACAGCUACUCUGAUAGGUUUGUCUUUGUAGCCUUCUGCAAACGUCACCGCUGCUUUAUGUUGUCACUUGCUUCUCUUGGUGAUGCACAAGUGAAAAGGUGGCACCAACUCUAUGUGCCUUCCAGGGGUUCCUUGACUACAAAUUGUUCACUCUAGGAAGAAUGACUGGCCAAUUCAGCUCUACUAGUCGCCAAGCCUCACACCAGCCAAAUGGGACUUCACAUGGUUUUAGGGUAUGAAAAGAUGAUGGGUUUCUCACUGGAGCAUGUGCACUGCAAAAUCCAUUCUUUUCCAUAUUGAUGGUGCUGACUUACAAUAGGGGACAGACACUGGGAAUUGGAACACUAAAUUAGGUCAAAUGUUUUAAAAGUUCUUUACUCACUUGUAUGUCCAAAUUCUUUACAUUUUUUUUCUUCUCUUCAAAGGCAUAUUAAUGUUGUCACCACCAGUGGUGUGCUCAUCUGCCUGAGAAACAGAUGCCUUUUUAUUCAAAACUGAAAUAUUGCUAAUUUUUGGGUUCAUUGUCAUAAACUUUCAUUUAACUACUAUACAGUUACCACUAGUUAUUCUUCUACAAUGUCCUUAUUUCAUUUUUAUCAUUACUACUAUUCAUUAUAAAUUCAACCAGUAUAUUUAUUAGCUGUCAAAUUUGAGGCUUUCAAAUGGUUUUUAUGACUCACAUGUAUUUGUUUCUUUUAAAUCAAGCUGUUAAUAUGUCUUAAUAAAUUUUAAACAUUAACAAAGUCAAGCAGUGGAAGCAAAGCCCUUGAAUCAUUGAAUCAGCAAUCUGUACUUUCCAAAACAGCCAUCUGUUUUUCUACUAUGCAAUUACAAGUACUGCCCCAAAAGCCUCAUUUCAAAAAGUAUGUGUAUAUGUAUUCUGACAUAAACUGACAGUUGUUCUAUGUUUGUACAGAAAUGAUUAAGGUAAAAGUUGUCUGUAUUUUUAUAUUCGUUCAUCCAGCACUAUUAAGCAUCUGCAUAUGACAGAUUCUGAGAACCUGAUUCUCUGACUUAAGAAACAAAUCAAAUUUCAACAAAUAAAAAGAGGUCUGGAA